AUGUCGUCGAUGAAGAAAGUGCUUGUGCGAAAGCCUGAGGUCCCUCUCAGGAAGCACACAAUAUCUUCCUUACUUGCGGACACCCUUCAGAGUACUUUGGCCAAGCAAGCUCAUUUGAAAGACAGCGGCUCGGCGAAACGACCUAAGAAACAAGUACCCGAGAAAACUCAAUCGCCUGGAUUGCAAGAACAACAACUCCAUCUCAAAUCCGCGAGCUCGGCGAGGAAGCAGAAUCCCCUUCUGAGUUUUGUCGAGCUUCUGCAGCCCAGCACAGAAGACCUUGACCUCGAUGGACUGGCAACACUCAUGCACUAUAUCGAGCACCCCGACAUUGAUCUGGAAGACAAGCGAAAAAGUCUGCAAGGGCUUAAGACACAGCUGAAAACACAAAACACGAACGAGGAAGUUACGAUGUUGGAAUUAAACAUCAAAGGCAUGGAGAACAAGGGGUACCUGACGCUGUAUGAGUCGCUGCGUGCGUACUACGGGGUGGGGCGGCUCCUAACCCUCCUGGCCAACGCGGUGUUCAAAGAGAAAAAAACAUGCGGCAACGUGGCAGUCCAAAUGGUAUCGCAGGCCUUUAUGAAACAAGAUAUCGACUGGGCGACAUACCAAAAGAUGUUAAAAACCUGUCUUACCGUAGAUCCACAUUCACGAGCAGAUAGACUCGCGAGAUGCGCACUCGGAGGAGAUAAGAGGUUGGUUUACACUCGAAUGAGAUUGAAGGAGGCUUUAAUCGGGUGUCAAGCACUUUCGAAGGAGAUUGGGGGAGGACUUAAACGGAGAAGACGAUUUAAGUACAAGUCGAAUCGACAACGACGUGGUGGUCUGCCUUAA